CUUAUUUCACUUAAAUUCAGAGCCGCUCUAGGUAACUACAGCGGAUUUAAACCCCAAACAGCAGCGCUGGACUCUGCGCUAACACACCCGGGAGCCCCACCAUGCAGUUACUAGUCACGGUCAUCCUCACCCUGUGGGUCUCCUGGGCUCGUGGACAAGAAAUAACAUGUGAUCCUCCAAUAAUUCCAAACAGUGACUUUGCUUCUAAAAUGAACCAGUACAGACUGGAUGAUGUCAUCACAUACCGAUGUAGAAAUGGCUUUUCCAAUCCACCCCUCCUGGGAAAUACAACAAAAUGCACUCUUGUAGGCUGGGUACCUCUUCCAAGAUGUGUCCCUAAGCCCUGUGACUUUCCAGAAAUAAAACAUGGACGCCUAUAUUGGGAAGGGAGCAUUGGACCAUACUUUCCAGCAUCGGUAGGACAAUCGUUUCCCUAUAGCUGUGACAAAAACUAUGUCAGACAUUCAACAUUUUUCUGGGGAUCAAUUACUUGCACACCAGAAGGAUGGUUCCCGAAAGUGCCCUGCCGCAGGAAAUGUGUUUUCAAUGCUUCGGAGCAUGAACAGUUUCCAUUUAAAGUAAAAACGUAUUUACAAGGCGAUACUAUGAAAGUUGACUGCCGUCCGGGCUACAGUCUCCCAAACCCACAGAGCACAGUGACAUGUACGGAGAAUGGCUGGUCCUCACCUCCCAGAUGCAUCAAUCAUUGUGACAUGCCCAUAUUUGAGAAUGCCAGAGCCGUAAUCACCGGAAAACCAUUUCGACCUAAUGACACGUUGGACUACCAAUGCCUGGAUGGUUAUGAAAACAGAGAUGGAAGCACCAACGGCUCCAUGGUGUGUGGUGAGGGCGGCUGGCUCCACUUGCCAACCUGCUUUAAAUCUGCAGACAAGUGUGGGCCUCCUCCAGCGAUUAGCGAUGGAGACAUCACCUCCUUCCCAUCGGAAGGGUACCCUCCAGGGUCAAGAGUGGAAUACCAAUGCCAGGCCUACUAUGAACUCCGGGGUCCUCAAUAUGUAACCUGUAGUUAUGCAAAGUGGUCCGAACCCCCGAGAUGCAUAGAGCCAUGUGUAAUAUCAGAAGAAAUCAUGAAUGAAAAGAACAUUCAGUUAAAAAGGAAAGAUAACAAACGCUAUUAUGUAAAAACAGGAGAUACUGUUGAAUUUAUGUGCAAAUCUGGACGCAAGGUGGUGACGUCAGUGGAGUCAUUUCAAGCCGUGUGUCGGGAAGGGGCAGUGGAGUUCCCCAGAUGUGAAUGAAGAAGCCCUGUGGCCCCAAAUAUGUGGCCAGUCCCACCUACUGCUCUUUGCUCAAAGCUUGCCAGUCCUCUGGCAUUUCCUGCUCUUUCCCACUAUAUUUUGAAGGACAUGAAGGCAAUAUGUUAGCCUCCUGUUCAACUUAAUCUUCUCCCAAAGAUUAUCACAAAGUAUAUCAUCACUUACACUUGUACCAAGACAAUAAUUCUUCACCGUCGUGGGAUUCGACUACUUGCCAAUAGAGCAAUAAACUUCAAUGGAGGUAACGGUGUGGCUUUCUGCCUAUUGAAUCGGAUGUUUAACCGGUCAAACAAAGCACGUGAGCUUAGAACAGCCAUGGGCAAACUAUGGCCCGUGG